AUGUUUAAUUCACCCUCACCAAGGUCGUCGCCAAGAUCACCGCCAAGAUCACCACCAAUCUCCCCUACAAAUUCAAAUCAUUCAGAAAGUUUUGACUCGAACAAAGUUACCAAUAAUUCAGUUACUUUAAACAAAACUAAAUCGGAAAAUGGAAUAGACAUUUUUGGGGAUGAAAAUGAAGAAUUAUCGGAUGUUAUUGAUAAGUAUACUCCUCAACAAAUAAAUCCUAAACAUAGACGUCAAAGAUUAAUACAAAAAAGACGACCUCGAAGGAAAACUGACGAUAUAAUUAGAGAAGAUGACAUUGAAAAAAAUGAAAAUGAAAGGAACGAAAGGAUCACUCAAAAAAAUCCUGAAUUGGCACCUUUAUUGGAAUCAAGAAGGAUUGUUGAUGAGGAUUUUGCAGAAUUCCUUCCAAAAAAACGAGGCAGGAAAUCGAAAAAUGAUGAAAUAGCGUUGGAAAAGUUGAAUGACGAAGAGGCAGAACGUUUAUGCCAAAUCAUGUUAAGAGCAGCUGAUGACGAUGUUAGAGGAGUUGAUAACGGGGAUCCAUGUCAUCGAAAAAUAAAUAUGUUGGAUGCUGUUGUAGAAAGACUAUCGAAGCCAUAUUUAACUGAAGCGCUUAUUGAUAAUAAUAUAUUGGAUGCCGUCAGAUAUUGGCUGGAACCUUUACCUGAUAGAACAUUACCAAGCAUCACUUUACAGUUAGAAAUGAUGAAAAUACUUGAUCGAUACCCGAUUACUACAGAUAAUUUAUUAUCUAGUAAAGUUGGAAGAAUUGUUUAUUUUUACAAAAUUUCCUCGCGUACUAGUGAAGUAGUAAGGCAAUUGGCUACUAGGCUUGUAGAAAAAUGGAGCAGACCAAUACUUGGAUUGAGUGAUGAUUACCGAGAAAUAGCUGCUGCACAUUUUGAUUUUUAUCGUGAUUCUGGACAACAAAGUAACGAAGAUCACGAGCCUACUCAGUCUCAUUCAAUUUCGACAGAUGUUAAUCAAGCAAGGAACUUUCAUGUUCACAGAAAAGAAGAUCCAUAUCGCUCAUUGAAACAAACAAUGCGUAGAUUAGAAAGAGGGACCAAAAAAAAUUAA